AUGAUGGAUCACUCCAAGGCUACUACACCUCCAGCGACACCGUCGCGCGCCUCGAUUGAUACCACCACCAGUGCCGAACGCUCGACUGUCUCCAUGCAUCUACCUACAAUGGAUAACAGCGACGACUUUAUCGAGAUCCCACACGUUCCAGAUCUCGUCGAUAUCACCCCGCCCCAAAUGCUUAUGCGAACGCCCAUCACCAUCGAAUGCGGACCCGACCUCCAGACCAAGCUCAUCUUUCAUCAAGAGAUGAUUUGCUGCCACAGCAAGCAACUCAGCAAUAUGUUCGAAAAGGCGAAGCCCACAAUGCUCAACUAUGAGAAAGCCGACAACGUCCGCGAUGAGCUGGCCCAAUACGUAUUCCCCGAGGUCAGUGCGAAGGCGUUCGAAACUGGUCUCUUCGAUAAACAGGCCAAACCUCUGAUUAUGAAGGCAUAUGACAACUAUCCUUUAUUUGGAUACUCCAAAGGCGUCAAAGAGGUAAUCAUGGACGCAGUAGCUGGAGAGCAUCACGCCAAGAACAUCAAGAAGAUGCCUCAGAAGCCAGCAGCCGACUUGAGUCUAGUUAGCCGUUUGGAGCUUCUUAAGCCUCAGGCCGUAUACACCGUAGCCUCGCUGCUCUUUGCCCGACUUCACGCCAUCAACAAGACCGAAAUUCAGAAGGCAAAGGGUGACCCAUUGAAAGCCGCCGCCCAACAUCGUAUCAUACUCCCCGAUGUCGAAGAGUCCACGGUUCGAGCGCUCAUGGAGUGGAUGUACCAGAGAAGGUUUCCGUUGAUGGGGACAGAACAGACAUACGCUGUCAUGAAGCUCGCUCAACAGAUUGGGAUCGAAGUGCUCGCCGAUCAAUGCCGUACAGCGAUAUUCAACGCUACUAACAUCAGCAUCGAGCGCGCCGAUGCCGAUGGUACCUCUUUCCAAACGCUCAUAGGAUAUGGCACAAAGCCCGCCGCUGACGACAUCGUCGCCGUUGUCUUCAACCACGCUAUGAAGGACGAGAGCACACCCCAGGACCUGAAGGGCCUCGUCAUUGACUCCCUGGCCGGGUAUCUUGAUAUCGAAUUAUGGCAGCACGUCAAGAGCCAGAUCAACCAUAGGACGGCACUUGAAAUCAUUCAAGCCAUGGUCAAAUUGAGACAGAUUGUCAAAACCGAGAUGGACGGCCAAGACAGCAUCAAGUCCGAGAGCCAGGAAGCCUCUAGCACCGAUGUCUCCGAGAACAUGGAAGUGGACGAGGACAAGAAGCCCAUUCACGUUAAAGAGCAGAACGAAAAACACGUUUAA